AGAAAAUAUGUGACUUUAAUGAUUUAUUAUGUUUACAGCAUAGAAAGAACGGAAAUAUAUGGAAUAAUGAGCCGAAAAACGAAAUGAAAACGCUCAUUUCUGACAAAUGUGAAAAUCAUGAUAUCAGAGGAAUUAUUUCGUUCCCCAUGGUGUUCCAACUUUGUAAACCGCAGGAAACAAAUAUAAAGUAUUCACGAGCAGCAUCAUUCGAUGAAGUUGUAUCGCGAGCGACAAGGAUCGGUCGGAUAGCCUCGGGGAACAAUGUUAUGGACGAAGAAGAUAGAUGCGCGGAAGGGAUGGAAACCGGCAGAGACAUCGAUACAUUGAUGUUCCUUGAUGCAUUGGUAGAUGUGCCAAUUAAAUUCGAAAUUACUGGCGAAAAUGAGCAAAUUGUUGCAUACCAACGAUGUGUAAAUGUCCUACCUAUGUGUUCCUGGGAACGUUUCGCACAACCGAUUUAGCAUUUAACGUCAUAAUGACGUUUGCAUUUUCGACUGGCACCAUUGUUUACUUUAUUUCGAAUUAAACCACGAUUAAGUGUGACCUCAUCUACACAGAUAUCCAUACAAUGAUCAUUACGUUCCAAUCUCCAAUUGUUUAGAAAUUUUUGACAAGAGAUAUUCCAUUUAUUGAAUAAAAUGAUAUUGAGAUUGGAACGUUUUGAAACCAAAAAUAAUAAAAAAAUUUAUCUCUGAUUGAAUGAUAGAAUAAUAAUCUAUCAGAUAAAAAUUUUAAUUUCAAGCUAAUUUAAUAUUCACAUUUAAUAUUCAAUUGUUAGUUUUUUUUUUUACCUAAAAUCAAUAUGAAAGAAGUCAUUAAAAAGAAUGUUGUAAAACACA